CUGCCUGAGAAAGCUACUGUUGCAGCAAUAGAGAUGGAGGAAAAAGAACUGAAGGAAGGUUGCAGCACAACUGAGAAUCACAACUCCUUCAGUAUCACCAUGGAAACCACUGAACAAUCAGAGUCGGCAAUAGACUGUGAAGUGGAGGUCGCUGUAGCUGAUUCACCUGAAAAGGGGAAGGACGCAAAUCCAGAUGAUGAACAACUUUGUUUAGAGACAGAUUCAUCAGACUGCCUGGAGGAAAAGGUGAUGCUCGACACAAUGUUAACCAACCUUUCAACCAGCCCAAAUGAACCCAAGAAACCUGACUGCUCAGAUACUAGUCUUUGCACCGAAAUGCCUGAUCAAAAGGAAGCUUUGAUAUUAGAAACAGGGCAUGAUGAGCUCAACAGGAAUGAGUCCAUUAACUCCUCAGUAUCAGACACAUUGUCCAGUGCUGACAGUGUUUAUGAGAAUGAAGCUCAUCACAAGAGGCAGGACAUCCAGGAACCUGAGCCAGAGCCUGAGGAUAAUGUGCCUAAUCCUGAGGAUGAUGACUAUCAAAACCUUGCAAUAGACACAGAAGAGGACCCUAUGGUGCAUGAAAUCCCAUUUGAACCACCCGUCACAGAGGAGUCGAUUUUGGAGCAGUGCAUUAGAGAAGAGGCCAUGUCAGAUGUUUCCAAUGAAUCUUGCCAUGAUCUCGACGCUGAUGAAACAGAUGAAUGUCUGAGAGUUGAGAUUGCAGCUGCUUCAUCUGAUAGUGAGACAGAUGAAAAAUGGAGGACAAUAUUCUCCUCUUCUAUAAAUAAAGAAGAUGAUGACUCAUAUUUGGACAGUCUCGAGCUAAGCGCCCAAGAGCUCUUCGUGCAGAAGGUUGAAGUAAGAGACAUUGAAGAACAGGAUGACAAUAACUUUGAAGAAGUCCAACUUGAGGUCCCACAGCAAGAAGAGGUACUGGAGCAACCUGAUGACAUUGCUUCCUUCCCCACCCCUCCACAAGAAGUUACAUAUAACCCUUUAGCAAUUCAAGGUCUAACCAAAAUUUCUGAAGAUGAGAGUGAAAACAAGAAAGAUGCUAAUCAUAACCACAACAUCCACCACCACUACUCUGCACACCCCCAAGCCACCAAGAAGCUACCAAAAGACUUCUGUGUCAUACAAGAGACCAAGAGUGAGAACGUUAGCACAGAGCAUGUGGACUUCCAGGUGGCUCGUAAGCAGUGGCUGGAGAUGGAGGAACAAACCAAGAACCAGAUUGUUUCUCCUGCAACCAAACAGCCCCGGUUCCACAGCAGCCACAGUUUCAUGUACACACCAGUCCGCAACAUUGAAAGACCUCACAAGAGAGAGCAUGAUCUAGAGAACUUGAAUCUGGCUGGAGAAUAUCCCCACACCAGUUCAGUCCUUGCUCUGAAGAUUCUGGCUUGGAUGAUUCCAGUUACAGUCGCAGCCCAGUCCAGCGAGUGGUGUGCUGACGAUACCAGCUCUAACCUCAUCAUCCUUGAGACAUCCAAUUUGAUCAUUCGCAGUGCCUCCGAGUUCUCCCUCAACAAGGUCUGUGAGCAGCCACAGGAGAAGAUGUUCCUGAACAACCCAUUCUUCAAGCUGCGUUCAAGAAGCCAAAUGUCACUGGUGGAUGAAGAGAUCAAGAUGGUCAAGCGAAGAGAAGAAGAGCUAAGGCAAGAGAGGGCCAGGAUGUAUGGCAAAGACAGGUUCAGCACAGGUCUGAUGAUGCCAAACCACAUGGACACCUUAGCCUUUGACAGUUCAGGUAUGGUGGCAGCAUACUGA